UCCCUACUUUUUCAUUGAUCAUCAACCAUAAAAUAGUGUCUGCUGAUCAAUUUUGGCGUUUUCUGCUGAAUUUCUAACAGAAGUUAACUGAUUCGAGUUCACGAUGGGUAACGAAAGUUCAUUGCCUAUGGAAUUAUGUUCGAAUUUUGAUGUCGAUGAAAUUAGGAGACUAGGAAAACGUUUUAGAAAGUUAGAUUUGGAUAACAGCGGUGCCCUGAGCAUUGAUGAAUUCAUGUCAUUGCCAGAAUUGCAACAAAAUCCUUUGGUUCAACGCGUCAUUGAUAUAUUUGAUGCAGACGGUAAUGGAGAAGUGGACUUUAAAGAAUUUAUCCAUGGUGUUUCUCAAUUCAGCGUUAAGGGUGAUAAAGAGAGCAAAUUAAGAUUUGCCUUCAGAAUUUACGAUAUGGAUAACGAUGGUUUCAUAAGCAAUGGAGAAUUAUUCCAAGUACUUAAAAUGAUGGUAGGCAAUAAUCUAAAAGACACACAACUUCAACAAAUAGUUGAUAAAACAAUAUUAUUUGCCGAUAAAGACGAAGACGGAAAAAUCAGUUUUGAAGAAUUCUGUUCUGUUGUUGGAAAUACAGAUAUUCAUAAGAAGAUGGUGGUUGACGUUUAAAUAAUCAAAAUCUGUAAAAACAAAAAAAUAUUAGAUAUCAAUAUAUGGUAACAUCAAUUUGACUUUAUAAAUUCAUUACUAAUAACAGAUUUUAUUGAAUAAUUGUGUAAGUAACAAAGCUCUGUGUAGGUUGAAAACAUGACCACUACCAAGCCUUCGGUCAAGCCAAUUUAUAUAUAAGUUUAUCGCCGUUAAAGUUUUAUUUAUAAUGCAAUGUAUAUUAGAGUUAAUUCACCGCCAACUUUCUAAUAUCGAGCACACCUGCUAUUCCGUGUAACUUUAACGUUACGCGUUUGCGCACCUUUUGUUAAAACACACAUAUAUAUUCAUAUAUAUAUAUUUAUUUUUUAGUUGAUAUUAAUGCGAUAAUUUUGUUAUUAUUUGUUUAAUUUAUAAUUACAUUUACCACAUAUGUGAAAGAUUAAUUCCAAAAAUUAUGGAAGUACAGUCGGGUAAAUGUAAGUCAUUAGAUGAAAUAUUCUUUUUCUAAACAUUACAUUUUACAUGCGGCACAUCUUCUAAUUAUUAUUGUACAGUAUUCUUGACUAAUGUGCAAUACUUUUAAGAAGAACGUUACAUUUUUUGUUGUGUAUUUUUAGUUUUUUUUUAAUGAAAUGCCAUUGGAAUCAUAUGAAUGGGAACGUCCUAUUUAUAUUAUAAUACGCGAACCAUUAUGUUAUAAACAAUGAAUCUCCAGAAAGCUUCCAACUGAUUUCAGAAGAAAUAUUGUACUAUAUAUUGUUUCAUAUUUAACUACUACUAGUUGUGCAUUUGAAAGAGAUACAUGUUAUUUGAUUAAAUACUGUUAAUAUUGGAGAAGUACUUUUUGGUAGAACCAUGUUGGAACUUGUCAUAAAAAGUCUGUUUGUACUACAACAUGAAUAAGACUGAAACCCAAAUGGUAUUUUUGUAACUUUCAAAUGCAUAAUUACAUUCGUAUGAUUAUAUUUAUUCCUUGUAUGAUUAUUAAGAGGAUAACAUUAUAAUAUUUAAGGAUUUAUGCGUGUCCUUUUACUCCGUUAAUAUGAUUGUUUAUACAUCUACAUGUUAUCAAAUCUUAAUGUCCAAUCAAAGUUCAAAAUUACAAGCUCUGUUGAAAUAAAUUUAUGUAACAUUUAUUAAAUCUGAUAUUUACGAAUCUA